GCCAUGCAUUGCUUUACCAGACCACCACCAUGUCCAAAUUUGACUGGAUUCGAGCAGGCCACACUAUAUUAUCCCCGUUCCCGGUGGGUUUGUUUGCAGGGCGGCAGAGCAGAGGCACAACACACAAACCAACCAAAAACCAUUUCCUACCAGCUAGAAGAGUGAAGUGAAGCGAUGAAGAAGACCGUGGUCCUGUACCCUGGCCUCGGCGUCGGCCACCUGGUGCCGAUGGUGGAGGUCGCCAAGUUGUUCCUCAAGCACGGCCUCGCCGUCACCGUGGCGCUCGUCGAGCCGCAGGCCGAGUCCACGGACUUCUCCGCCGCGGUCGCCCGCGCGAGGGCCUCCAACCCCUCCGUCGCCUUCCACGUCCUGCCGUCGCCGCCCGCAGAUUCAAACCCCGACGGCGCGCCCAGGCACCACGUCGUCAAGGUUAUCCAAUUGCUCGCCGCCAUGAAUGCGCCCCUCCGCGACUUCCUCCGCUCGCUGCCCGCCGUCCACGCGCUCGUCCUCGACAUGUUCUGCGUCGACGCCCAGGACGUCGCGGCCGAGCUCAAGCUGCCGGUCUACUACUCGUUCGCCUCCGCUGCCGCCGACCUCGCCAUCUUUCUCAACCUGCCGAGCAAGUUCGCCAGCAAUACGGCCAAGGUAAAAGAGCUCGGCGACUCCAUCAUUACCUUCCCGGGUGUUCCUCCUUUCAAGGCUUCGGAGCUGCCCUCCGAAGUUAUCGGCGACGAUGAAGCGCUCGUGUACGUCUUACGCAUGUUUGAGCGAAUGGCAGAGGCGAAAGGAAUUCUUAUCAAUUCCUUCGAUUCGUUGGAAGAGCCCGCACUGAGCGCUCUCAACGACAGACUUUGCGUCCCUGGUCGUGCGACGCCGCCGGUAUACUGCAUUGGACCGUUGGUCUCGGGAGGCGGAGACAAGGAGCACGAGUGCCUCCGCUGGCUGGACGCGCAGCCGGACCAGAGCGUGGUGUUCCUCUCCUUCGGCAGCCUGGGCACAUUCUCCAGUAAGCAGCUCGAGGAAAUUGCAGUUGGUUUGGAGAAGUCAGGGGAGAGGUUCCUGUGGGUUGUAAGGAGCCCGCGCAGUCCCGACCAGAAGCACGGCGAUCCGCUCCCGGAGCCUGACCUCGACGCGCUCAUGCCGGAAGGGUUCUUGGAGAGGACCAAGGACAGAGGGCUCGUGGUGAAGUCUUGGGCGCCGCAGGUGGAGGUCCUGCGCCACAGGGCGACCGGCGCAUUCAUGACGCACUGCGGCUGGAACUCGACGCUGGAGGGCAUCACGGCAGGGUUGCCGCUGCUGUGCUGGCCGCUGUACGCGGAGCAGAAGGUGAACAAGGUGCACAUAGUGGAGGGAAUGAAGCUCGGGGUGGAGAUGAGAGGCUACAGUGAAGAGGUGGUUAAGGCCGAGGAGGUGGAGGAGAAGGUCAGAUGGGUUAUGGCGUCCGAGGGAGGCAUGGCACUCAGGGUGCGGGUAGCGGCAGCGAAGGAUGCGGCGGCUGAGGCGCUCCAGGAAGGGGGCUCGUCCAACUUGGCGUUUGCCCAAUUCCUCAAAGACAUGGACAUUUCCAAGCAGAUUCUCGGAACACAAGACCUUGGAGAACACUUCCAUAGAUACAUGCCACAACAGGCAUUCCAGCAAGUUCAACAUUUUUCGGACAUGAAAAAAAAGUGUUUCUCCUAAUGAUGAGUCAAGAUACUAAGCAAGGUUAGUUGAUAAAGGUUAUAGCCAGAUUCCAGGUAUUGACUAUAAUGAAGUCUUUUUCUCCUGUUGUAAAGCAUAGCUCUAUUUGCACUUUACUCAGUAUUGUUGCCAUGCAUAAUUUUGAGCUUGAACAAUUAGAUGUUAAAACUGCAUUUUUACAUGGAGAAUUAGAAGGGGAUAUCGAAAUGGAACAACCUGAAGAUUUUGUUAUUCCUGGAAAAGAAAAGCUUGUCUGUAAGUUAAUAAAAUCUCUUUAUGGACUGAAGCAAUCUCUUAGACUGUGGUAUAAUAGAUUUCACACUUUUAUGCUCUCCCAAGGUUUCAAAAGGUCUAAUUAUGAUAACUGUAUUUAUUUGAAAACUGUCAAUGGUUCAGCUAUUUAUUUGCUCAUUUACAUUGAUGAUAUGUUAAUUGCUUCAAAGAGUAUGCCGGAGAUUAAUGAAUUAAACAAGCAAUUCAGUAACGAAUUUGAGAUGAAGGAUAUAGGUACAACAAAGAAAAUACUUGGCAUGGAAAUAUCCAGAGAUAGACUAUCAGGAAAAGUGUAUCUAAGUCAGAAGGGAUAUAUUGAUAAAGUUUUUCAUCAUUUUAAUAUGCAUAAUGCCAAGUCAGUAACGAGUCAGAUGCAGAUAUUGAGUACAUAUCUAGAGUUUUCUAUUCGAGUGCAGUUAGUUCAUUUAUGUAUGCAAUGGUUUGUUCUUGUCCAGAUUUUUCAUAUGCAUUGAGUGUUGUUAGCAGGUACAUGGCUAAUCCUGGAAAAGAGUACUGGAAAGUAGUUCAGUGGAUUUUUAGAUACCUGUGUGGUACUUCUAAUGCUUACUUGCAGUUUGGAAAACUAGAGAUUCACUUAUUGGUUUUGUUGAUUCUGAUUUUGCUGGUGAUUUGGAUAAGAGAAGAUCACUGACAGGUUAUGUUUUCACCAUUGGUGGUUGUGCUGUGAGUUGAAGAGCAACUUUGUAGUCUAUUGUGGCUUGUUCCACUACUGGUGCCGAGUAUAUAUGGCUAUUUUUAAGGCAUGCAAAGAAGCUAUCUGGUUGAGAGGUUUGUAUGCCGACCUUUGUGAAGAUUCAUCUUGCCUAACCAUAUUUUCUAA